AUGGAGUCUGAGUAUAGUCCGGGUGUAUAUGGAGGUUUAGGUCUUGACCAGGAGCCUAGUCAGAGUAAUGACUUGGCUUAUCUUGACAGACUCGAGUCUAACAUAAUGUUGGAUGAUGAUGAGCUGUCAGAUACUGCCAAACAGUUAAUACACCAAACUACCGGUAGUGUACUUCGCACCUUAACUUUUAGCGAUACAGGAGGUCUGAAAGGGGCCCUUGAGAGGGCUUAUACAUUAAGACAAGAAACUCUAAGACACUCAAAAGAUGAGAUCGUAGAUGCCUAUAGAAGACGGGCUAGGCUAGCAGCCAUAGUGUCAAGACGUAGGAUAACCUUACAACACCUCAGAGCAAGAUAUAAUGUAGUUGCAAGACUUAAACAAGGCCUAAAGGUAGCGGGACGUAAUGAUGGCAUAGAUAGCAAAGAACCUACGGGUAGUGAGCCAAACCUACAAAGACAGAGCACCUCAUUAGCACCUGUGAGAUUUAGUAGUAGAAGUCUAUCUGAUGCCAUAGCAUUACAGCAAAUAGCAAACCUACAAAUUGGGUCAACCCCAGAAACUUGA